AUGCUGCUGGCCUCUGCCGUGGUGGUCUGGGAAUGGCUGAACGAGCACGGACGCUGGAGACCCUACAGCCCGGCCGUGAGCCACCACAUCGAGGCGGUGAUUCGGGCCGGGGGGCCCCGCGCAGGCGGCGGCAGCGUGGUGCUGGGCCAGGUGGAUAGCCGCCUGGCGCCCUACAUCAUCGACCUGCAGUCCAUGCACCAGUUCCGCCAGGACACCGGGACCCUCCGGCCUGUGCGCAGGAGCUUCUACGACCCGGCCUCGGCGCCGGGGAAGGGCGUGGUGUGGGAGUGGGAGAACGACGGCGGCUCGUGGACGCCCUACGACAUGGAGGUGGGCAUCACGCUCCAGCACGCCUUCGAGAAGCAGCAGCCCUGGAUCGACCUCACCCCCAUCGGCUUCUGCUACGUCAUCGACUUCGGCACCAUGAGUCAGAUCAACCGGCAGACGCAGCGGAAGCGGCGUGUGCGGCACCGCCUCGACCUCGUCUACCCCCUGGUGGCGGGGGCGCUGCCCAAGGCGCAGUCGUGGCCCGCCAGCCCGAGCCCGGCCAGCUCGCCCCCAGGCCCGCCGUGCUCCUGCCCCCAGUGCCUCCUGGUGAUGAGCGUCAAGGCCGCCGCCGCAGGGGCCAACGCGGGGCUGCUGCCGCCCCUGGUCGCCCGCAAGAGCGGGCCGCCCCCCGCGGGGACCCGAUUGCUGCCGCCUCCGGGCGCCGGGCCCAAGCCUCCGGAUGGGGCGGGCCUCCGGGGCCCGGGGAAGACGGCCACCUCCCAGGCCAACCGGAGGCAGGCCUCCAGUGCACCCGCCCUGACCUCCUCUGCCUCCCCGGCCAGCCCCCCCGGGGCUGCCGGCAAGAACGGGCGGGUGGCGCUGGCCACCCUCAACCGCACCAAUCUGCAGCGCCUGGCCAUCGCCCAGUCCAGGGUGCUGAUCGCCUCCGGUGUCCCCACGGUCCCCGUGAAGAAUCUGAAUGGGUCCAGUCCUGUAAAUCCGGCCUUGGCAGGAAUCACAGGGAUCCUCAUGAGUGCCGCCGGACUGCCCGUGUGCCUCACCCGGCCACCGAAGCUGGUCCUGCAUCCUCCUCCAGUCAGCAAGAGCGAAAUUAAGUCAAUCCCAGGGGUCUCCAACACAAGCCGCAAGACCACCAAAAAACAAGCCAAGAAAGGGAAGACGCCAGAAGAAGUGCUGAAGAAGUACCUGCAGAAGGUGCGCCACCCCCCGGAUGAGGAUUGCACCAUCUGCAUGGAGCGCCUCGCAGCGCCGUCGGGCUACAAGGGCCCCCAGCCGGUGGUCAAGCCAGACCUGGUGGGGAAGCUGUCCAAGUGCGGCCACAUCUACCACCUUCAUUGCCUGGUCGCCAUGUACAACAACGGUAACAAGGAUGGAAGUUUGCAGUGUCCAACCUGCAAAACCAUUUAUGGUGUCAAGACAGGGACCCAGCCCCCUGGGAAGAUGGAGUAUCACCUCAUCCCCCAUUCUCUGCCUGGGCACCCAGACUGUAAAACCAUCCGGAUAAUCUACAAUAUCCCCCCAGGGAUUCAGGGACCAGAACACCCGAAUCCUGGGAAGAGUUUCACCGCCCGGGGUUUCCCUCGACACUGUUACCUCCCAGACAGUGAGAAAGGGAGGAAGGUGCUGAAGCUGCUGCUGGUAGCCUGGGACCGGCGCCUGAUCUUUGCCGUGGGCACCUCCAGCACUACCGGCGAGUCUGACACCGUCAUCUGGAACGAGGUCCACCACAAGACGGAGUUCGGCUCCAACCUCACAGGCCACGGCUACCCAGAUGCCAAUUACCUGGACAAUGUGCUGGCAGAGCUGGCUGCCCAGGGCAUCGCCGAGGACAGCGCUGCCCUGGAGAAGGACUGA